UAUCCUUUCGGACGAAACGCCGCGGCACAUGCUGAGCCAUUCUGUGCGUAUCCGACUUUGUUUAUCGCGAUGGGACGUCGAGAUGCAAACAAAUACGAAUGGUGAACCAUCUGCAGCUUCGUCGUUGUCGUAGUCGUCGUCGUCGUCGUCGUCUACGUCGCUUUGAAUCGGUGAAUAUUAAUUCCCGAGACGACUACUCAAUGGGAAUCACAAAUGAUGGAAGUGUGUUGGGUAUUGUGACAAUCAUAAAUGCUUCACCAUUGGAUGAUCUCCAAGGAGCUGAAGGUCAUCAUUAUUCAUCAUACAGCAGCAGCUACGGAGGAGGUGGUGGAUACCACGGCAGUGGUGCUUCAGGAAGUGGGUUAAAACAAAUCGCUUUGAGUGCUUCCCAACAAGCUAAUGAUGCCAUUAAAAGCCAACAUUCAGCUGCAAGUCAAGCUGCUUUUAUCGCAAAAAGUCAGGCAGCACAAAAAGCAUCACAGGCUGCUGCUACCGCCCAAGCAGCUGUUGCAGGAAAAGAAGUCCUCGUUUCCCGGCUCCAACAAGAACUCCACAAAGCCCAACAACGACUCUCAGAAGAAAAACAACAACUCGAAGAAGCCCAAAAAGCAGCCGACGCCGCAAGAGAAGCUUUACACCAAGCCCAAAGUCAAACUAACGCUUUAAACGCAGCUAUGAACGCUGCGCAAGGUACAAUUGCUCACGCUCAACAAGCCGCUCAAGCAGCCGAUAGUUUGUUGGGGUCUCAAGAGGCCAUGGUAGGUGAAGCCAAACAAGAUGUUUCGCAAAUCGCCCAAGAGCUGCAUCAAGCUCAAUCUGGAUUAGCUGCGACUCAACAUGCCGCGCAACAGGCUUCAAACGCAGCUCAUAUUGCUCAAGCUAAUGCUGCUAAAGCGGCUGCUGAAGCUGCGGCUUCCGGGUCGAAAUCGGGAGGUGGAGGUGGUGGAGGAAGUAGUUAUGGAGGUGGGGAUUAUGGUGAUCAUUAUUAAAUUGGAAAUAAGGAAAAGGUUGGUUUGUAAGAUGAAGAGUUGGAGAUUUUUUUUCUAUUAUCUGUAGAUCAAAUUAAUUUCUUUUGUGAUUGUGUUAGUUUGUUUCUCUUAAUAA